AUGAUUACCGCCCGCCUGAUGGCUCUUCCGAGCAGUAUUCGCUGUCUCGCUUUCAGAGAUUUGAGCCACACGCCAGCUGCCCACAUUCUCCCUCUCAGCGCCUCGAUCGGCAGCCAACGCGGAUAUGCGACGUACAAUACCAACGCGAGCGCAGCGCCAAGCUCCGUCAAUGCCACCGAGGUCUCUCAUUUCAACACGUUGGCCUCGUCCUGGUGGGACCCUCACGGCUCCAGUCGUCUGCUCCACCUGAUGAACCCGUUCCGCCACCAGUUUAUCCGACAAUGCCUUGCCAACGACCCAUCCCCACCUAUGCACAAGCUCAAGAUUCUCGAUAUUGGUUGCGGUGGAGGGAUUUUUGCAGAGUCAGCUGCCAGACUACAAAACACGGCAUCGGUCACGGCGAUAGAUCCGACGCCAGAGGUCAUUGCGGUUGCCAGGAGACAUCAGCGGACUGAUCCACUGCUACUCGAACCCGGACGUCUAGAGUACAAAAAUAUUCCCAUUGAGCAGCUUCCACUCCCAAAGUCACCAGGUGAAGGAUACGWCAUGAUCUCAUUGUUCGAAGUGAUUGAGCACAUUCAGAAUCCCUCGCCGUUUCUGUCAUCCAUCCUCCAACAUCUCAAACCAGGUGGUUGGCUUAUAGGAUCCACUAUUGCCAGGACCAAUACAAGUUGGUUCACGACCAAGUUCAUGGCCGAAGAAGUGCUGAGAAUGGUCCCACGAGGCACGCAUGAAUGGAGCCAGUACAUUCAGCCUAGUGAGCUGCGGAGUUGGGCGAGGGCGCAAAGUGAGUUGGACGUAGUGGUUGGUGGCAAUGGGUGGCAACAGAUGGGCGUAGUCUACGUACCAGGUUUUGGCUGGAAGGAGGUGAAUGGAAGUGAAGAUUGGGGGAAUUACUUUUUCGGCGUGAGGAAGGCAGAUUGA